AAAGUGCUUGUUAAAAACACAUAACAAUACUGUAAUCAUUAAUUAAUUCUACAGGGGGUGGUGCAGCAGUUUUGGCACAGCUGAGCUGGCUAAUUUCUGUAAAAUGAACCGUCCCCGUUUGACUGACAGCUCGGGCGUGGACGGUUCUGGCGUUGCGGACCGGCGGCGACAGACCCGCGACACAACACAACAUUACCCACGGGAGCACUUUUGCGUGAUACAAAUAAACUCAUAGACCUGUGGAAAAGCACCGACGUCAUCGAACCGGGGUUACUUAAUCGCCAGUCAAACCCCAGUGCUAGGAUAAUAUAAUAUAAUAUAAUAUUAUAUUAUAUUAUAUUAUAUACGCCCGUUGAUCAUGGACUGUAUGUCAGGCUAGAACAUUUUGCGGACACUGCGAGGAGACAGCCCCCCCUCAUGCCAUGGAGAAGUACGAGAAGUUGGGGAAGAUCGGCGAGGGCUCCUAUGGGGUCGUGUUCAAGUGCCGCAACAGAGACACGGGACAGAUCGUGGCCAUCAAGAAAUUUGUGGAGUCGGAGGACGACCCUGUGAUCAAGAAGAUCGCACUGCGAGAGAUCCGCAUGCUCAAGCAACUGAAGCAUGUGAAUCUGGUGAAUCUGCUGGAGGUGUUCCGAAGGAAGAGAAAGCUGCAGCUGGUGUUUGAGUUCUGUGAGCAGACCGUGCUGCACGAGCUGGACAGACACCCCCGCGGUGUCCCGGAGUCUCUUCUCAAGAGCAUUGUGUGGCAGACACUGCAGGCCGUCAACUUCUGUCACAAACACAACUGUAUCCACAGAGAUGUGAAGCCUGAGAACAUUCUGCUCACCAAGACCGGGAUCAUCAAGCUGUGUGACUUCGGUUUUGCGCGCAUUCUCACGGGUCCGGGUGAUGACUACACAGACUACGUGGCGACGCGCUGGUACCGGGCCCCGGAGCUGCUGGUGGGGGACACCCAGUACGGGCCCCCGGUGGACGUGUGGGCGAUCGGCUGCGUCUUCGCAGAGCUGCUGUCAGGAAACCCGCUGUGGCCAGGCAGAUCCGACGUGGAUCAACUGUACCUGAUACGCAGGAGCCUGGGUGACUUGAUCCCGCGGCACCAGCAGGUGUUCAGAUCCAAUCUGUUCUUCAGUGGAGUCAGCAUUCCCGAACCCGACACCACGGAGCCCCUGGAGAAGAGAUUCCAUAACGUGUCAGGCCAGGCUCUCGUCGUCAUGAAGGCGUGUCUGGUGAUGGACCCCUUGUCCCGCAUGUCCUGUGAAGCUCUGCUCGAGCUGUCGUACUUCGAGAGCCAGCGAGGGGACGACACCGAGGGGGGGUCCCGGGACCCUGAGAGAGGGGCGGGGCGCAGACACGAGAGGGGGGCCAGGAGGAGAGUGCAGGGGCCGCAGUACCUACCCCAGCUAGCCAGCAGCAACAUCUCCCCAGCUCCAGAAGUGAAGAAGCACUUCAAACACAAGUUAGACCAUCACCUUCCAAACAUCUGAGCGAGGGAGGGGGGGGGCCUGGUUAGAAGGGGGCGUGUCUACAGCCCUAAAUUCAGCAUGGGAUACCCACCUUUUUGAUGUGAAUAGUAAGAAAUAAUAAAAUGAACUUUGUAAAACUCGCCGCGCGUUAUAAAGACUGCUGCAGCGCGGCUUUGUGGUUUUUAACAAUGUCUUCGUUCUUCAAUGCAAUUUGCUUGCAGUUUAAAAACGUAAUUUGUUACAAAGUUUCCUUUAGCGUUUCUGUGAUAUUUUUCUAUAGUUGUGGGAGGGGUGCAGAUAGGAUGUUAAGACACGUUUGUUCCCGUAGAAAAGCAAUUUCCAAUCGGUGUCCUCCGAAAGCACAAACGAAGCCUUGCCCACCUCGCAAUCCGACUGACUCCGGUCUUUGUAAUUCAUUUGAGCUGUUCAGUCUCUUCCAUUGCAGUGAAUAGGCUGUGGAGAGCUGUGCUGUGAAAGGCUGUCUGAUUUAGAACGAUACAAUUCUGUUGAUGUUAGAAAUCGACAUAUUGAUGCAUUUCUAUACUAUAUUAUUUAAUAGUUUUAUUUUGGAUGGGUGGGGGGGUUACGAUAGACUUCAAAAGGGGCCCCCAGAAGAUUGAAAAAGAUGUAUUGUGAUGUCAUCCCCUUACAUCAAUUGUCACCUAUUGUGAUGUCAUCCCCUUACAUCAAUUGUCAUCUAUUGUGAUGUCAUCCAUGUACAGGAGAAUUAAAAUGAAUUAAAAAGAAAACAACUCUUCCAUUUCAGUUCUUUCUGUCAUUGUAACUGUAAU